AGUGAGUCACGUUAAUUUCUAUACCAACCGGGUCUCCUUCCAGUAUCGGCUAGUGGUGGCCAUAAGCUGAACUUUUCGAAUUAUACAAAGCCUAUCGAAACAUUUCGGAAACGAGCUAUAUUUUGUGUAGCGGUACGGAGUGCUAUUCAUAAUCAGGCAGUGCGUGUGUAUUGUGAGCGAUAGAGUCGGUAAACGCACGCAUACCAGGGUCGUGUUCAGGCGGCGGCCAUUUUGGAAACACGGUGAGUUCAGCCUACGAUUACAGAUAUAUAAUAACUGUCUCUGUUUGUGAGCCAGUCCAUAUUAUACAUUAGCUGACACUUUCGCUGGGAACAAGACACCGGGAACAAUGGCCGACGAACGACACCGCUUAGUGCACAUGGCAAAAGUUACGGAACAAGGCGAGAGGUACAAGGAUAUGGCAGAGUACAUGAAAACUCUCGCCAUGAAUUUGCCUCUUGAUUUCCCGGACACGACUGAGGAGUACAGGGCAGCUAAGGAAAAUGGUAUUCCAACGAGCAUCUUGCUUGACGACGAACGAAAUCUUCUGUCCGUCGCAUACAAAAACAUCGUCGGUUCACGUCGAAAUGCAUGGCGGGUCAUUGAAUCCUCUGAAAACGGUCAGCAAUGCAAACUGGAUAAUGGACAGGAGGACGAGGCGAUACACUGGAAAUUAUCAAUCUGUCAGAAGUACAAAAAGACAGUAGCGGAUGAACUGAAUGGAAUAUGUGAUGAGGUCACUAAAUUGUUAGAUGAUCACCUAAUUAAGAACGCUGACGCAGGGGGUCCCGAAUCCAAGGUCUUCUAUAUGAAAAUGAAGGGAGACUACUUUCGCUACAAAGUUGAGGUUGCUUCCGCAGAAAAUCGUGAAAUAUUUUCGCGACAAUCGGAGGAAGCUUAUGAGCUCGCAUGGAACACGGCAACCACUGAACUGAAGCCAACGCAUCCGAUCAGGUUAGGAUUGGCAUUAAACUUCUCAGUAUUUUACUAUGAAAUUAGAAAUGAACCAAAAAAGGCACAAGCGUUGGCUAAGGAUGCAUUUGACAUGGGCAUCAAAGACAUAGGCGACACAGAGGAGCAAUCCAAUACGUACAAAGAUAGCACGCUUAUCAUGCAACUGCUCAGAGACAACCUAGCACUGUGGACAAGCGAGUCGGCCGAUAACGACGAACAGAACCUUGAUCUACAAGAUGAGAACUGAAAUACAGGAUGCCACUAUUGACUUGUUAUUUAAAUAAUUUUGUCAUCAAAGAACAGAGUGAAGAAAAAGAAGAAAACCUGCAAAAGGAUUGUGUUAUUCUUAUUUAUCACAUUAAUAUUUGGAUACAGAAUGGAAAAGCAACACUGUAGGAAUGAGAUGUUUAAAGCUUGGUUCGAACAACGGACUGAUGUUUGAAUGUGCAAAUUGUCUUUUGAAAAUGGUUGUUAUUCUAUGGACAAGCUACCACAGAUGACGUCAAUUGACCCUUCCAUGAAUUUUAUCAACCCAACAAGAACUCUAAACUGCAUUGCGCAUUUUUGCAUUAAAUGCUAUUGUUAAAUUCAUAUACCUGUGUGCACUAAUUUUCUGCUGAUAUAAAUUUUUGAUGACAUUGUUGAUGGACUAUUUCGAUUGUUAGUGCUUGGAUCUAAAGUAUGAAGAGAAAUCUUGUGUGUGUUAUUUGACCUCGUAGUGUCAAGGUCACUGUCGAAGCGAUCUUGAAUUAAGAGUGCUAUCUUAGAUGGAAAAGAACUUUUUGCACAGCCACAUGGAAUGAUAUAUGUGACAUUUGUGACCGACUACGAAUCAUUAAAGCAAAUUAUAGAAAUAAUUGGAAGUAUUUAUGGAAAGAAAAUAAUAAAUAUUAAUUCAUUCACAAGGAAAUGGUUAAAGCCUGAAACUCUGUGCUAAAUAACAAUAAGGUCAUGAAUUAAUGUGGAAGGUAUUUUAGAAAUACUAUCAAUUACGAGAAUAAUAUUGGAACAGCUUCAACCUAUCAGUUGUGGUCCUGUAACACACUUAUAUGUAAUUAAGAUCCUGAAACAAUAUUGAAAAGUUCGUUAUUUUGAUGAGUGAACAUUCAACACGGGAUAAAAAGUGAAAUUUAAGUACAGCUGUACUAGUAAGAUAAUCAUGUCUUUUACCUGAUAUAUUUAGGUCAGAGUUCAAAUGCAUAUAUAAUUGUGAUAAUCAUAUAUACAUGUGACAAUGUUUUGGUGAUUUGUUUUUGUUGUUACACGACUGCCCUUACCUAUAGAUAGACUAAAUACUAUUUUAUUAGACUAAUAUUUUUCUGUAUUUUUUUUUUAAGUUAUGGACCAAUAUAAUUUGAUUUUUAAUGACAUGGUGAAAAGACUAAAAGCUUAUUCAUGGUACACAAGUACUUGAUAUGGAUAAAUGUUUCAGCAAUAUGCAUGUGAAAGUACAGUGGAAAAUAUAUAAGUACUAUAGUAGUGACAGUUUUCUGUUUAACUUGUGGUACCCUGCACCGCACUAGAGAUUAAGUACUGCAAGUAUAUUAUACAUUUAUCAUUAUUAAUGUAUCAUUUUUUGUCAUUAAAUUCGAGAAAUCUGU